CCAGCAGGACAUACACGCACACACACUCACACAUACCCCAAAAUAAAGAAGUAACAAACAGAAAGCGCUGUCGUUUUGUCACAGUCGCUGUUAGGUUAGCCCUUGCAUUGUAUCUGUAUUUGGCUUGUUUUUUAGGGGCCCUGGGAGCUGUGUGGCCCCCAGUGAAUAAGGUGUGUGCGUGGAGGCUUUUAGUUUCAUUUGGUAAGAGGAAAUUUUGAGUUGUGCAAUGGCACUGGGGCUGUUUUAAGAGCAAUUGAGAAAGCGCAUCGAGCUAGAGUGCGUGAAGCGGAGAAGACUCCAUGUUGUCUUCAUACAGAAUGGAGGGGUACAUCAUCCCGCCUAAAAAAACCUGGACUGGCUGGAUGUCACAGGCACCAUCUGAAUUUAAAGAUUACUGGGCACUUGUAAAUAAAGAUCCAACAGAAGAUAUGAUCUAUGAACCUGACAUCUAUCGACAACAGAUGGAAUAUCAAUACAUUAUCGAUGGAGAAGGCCAGAGUGAUCACACUUGGGAAUACAACGUACACCAUGUCCAUCCUGCAGAUUUUGAGAAUUUGACAGAGAGCCACUUCACGGAGCUCCAGAGUGUGCAGCAGGUUCAUCCAUCCAGUGUGCAUCGCUUUACUGAUGUCGAGCCCGGCCAUUUUCUGGAGCCCGGUUUGAGUGGGCACCAUUUGACACUGCCUCCUCAGCAGGUGGCCUGUUUGCCUCGGACAUCUGUGUAUUACCCUCAUAGCGUUCAGCCCUCACCUCUCCUGCGCAGCUCGGACGAUGAUGACCCCGGCAGCCGCAGUCCCCCUCUGGAGGUGUCUGAUGAAGAAAGUAUGAGGGACCAUAUCAGCUCUACUACUGGGGUAGAACAUGGAAACAAGAAGAAGAUUCGUCUGUAUCAGUUCCUGCUGGACCUUCUGCGAAACGGGGACAUGAAGGACAGCAUCUGGUGGGUGGACAAAGAAAAGGGAACUUUCCAGUUCUCCUCUAAACACAAAGAGGUUCUGGCCCACCGCUGGGGAGUGCAGAAGGGCAACCGCAAAAAGAUGACCUACCAGAAAAUGGCCAGGGCACUGAGAAACUAUGGCAAAACCGGAGAGGUCAGGAAGAUCAAGAAGAAGCUCACAUACCAGUUCAGUGGUGAAGUCCUGGGGAAGAGCCACUUGGAAAGGAAGCUGUACAUGUAAAAGGACAGAAAGAUGGACAGAGAGACAGACAGGAAGAAAAAAGAAAGAUAGACAGGGUAGACUUGUCAGUCUGUUUUAAAGAGAGGCUCUACUCAUUGGACUUGGAGCAUUGGACUCUUGACUUGCCCUUUACAUUCCUCUUCAAAAAUAUUCACCUUCGCAUUAAUUCAGUGAAUUUUCUCUAUGAACUUCCGGCCCAGAGCUCACACUCCCAUUUGAGCUGCAUGUCCAGUGUUAAAACUUUUCUCUAUUCUCUUAACAGAAGAGAGAUGUAAAAAUAUAUAUAAACAGUACGAUCUGAUACAUAAAAAAAAAAAAAAAAUGUGAGAAAGUUUCAAAAUUAAAACACGCAGCUCUUGUAGAAGCUGUUGUUAACGUCUUCACUGAUCAUUAAGGGGGGGUGGAGGGCUGUGGGGGUGGUGGUGCGGGGGCGGGGGUGGUGGAUCACAAAAAUACAAAAGCAGAAGUGAAAACAAAUGACACAGGCUCACGCUGUACGGAAAAUACGGCUGUCUCGUCUGGCCAACACAUAUGCGGUGACUCUGUUUUUACCAUAAAGGGUGCUUUUUUUUCUUUUUUUUUCGACAAACCCUUGUUUAAGGGCUGUAAGAUUUAUAUUCGUUUGUGUAUGUGAAUAGUUAUUAUUAUUUUUUGAUUAAUAAAUAUAAUCGAAUCGGAAUGGUAGCAAAAUCUUUAGUGGUUUGGAGGAAACUGGUUUCACAAUGUCCAUUAUUCAUCAUAGAGUCCACAGGGGAGUAUACACACUCUUAUUUCAUGAUCAAGGUUGAUUUUUUUUUUUUAUUUAUUAAGUGAUUUCAUUAUUGUUAUUCAGAAUAGCACUAUGUACUGGCUUUGGCUUGUAGGAUCUUUAAGAACACUGAGCUUGUUAUCUUGAAGAUGGAAGUAAAAAUUUUAUACUUA